AUGUCGACAAAUCCAAGACAUCUGCAAGCUCGCGAACUUCUACCUGAUCAGUCGACAAGUCUUCAGCAAGCACCUCACUCCAGACUGAGCCCUGCAGCCGGCAAAACGACCGUAGUCAAGUCGAAUUCCUUCGAUGCGAUCCGCUUCUCACUGAAUUCCAACUUCGGAUCGUCAGUGCGCCCUGCCUUCCCUUCGGUCACGGACCGAAGUGGGUCUGGCAUCCCAACACCGCCCUAUAGCGAAACUACAAGUAGCGCGAGUGGAAGCGUGGGACGUGCCCGAAAGGACCCGAGCGACGCCUCCUCCUCUCACAGUCACAUCUCCGCCCAGAGAAGCCUUCGUCCGCCCGUCACAGAUCACACCACUUUGACAUCGUCCCGCUCUCCCUCCGCUGCCUCCUCUUCCAACACGGGCAGUGACACGGUAGGCGCGACAAGCCCUCGGCAGCCCGAAGAGGCGAGGUUUCACUCGAGCCGAUCCACGGCUCUGCCUGAGGGAGUCAUGGCUGCCGAUGCAGAAGCGGCUUUACCGCCAAACGGUAGGAUGUCGCUAAGUCAACGCGAUGCAGGGGCGGGCGAUUCGAGCGACUCUCCAUCUGCUCUGCGCCCUUCUUCGUCCAUGUCCUCGCAUACCAGCUCGCCAGGCGAGAGACGAAAGCGUCGAAGCGAGAUGCACGAACGCGAUGUCACCCAGAUACGAUCCGAAUCACGACUAGGCCUCGGCAACGCCGACGACGAUGACGAACUUCAUGAUUCAUACGAACGCGAGCAGCAUGCUUUCCCACGCACCGCUCAGCACAAGUACUCUCCACGCAAAUCCACCACUCUUUCCAUCGCAUCGCAUCGCUACGACGAGAACGAUGCCACUGACAGCAAUGAGCCAUCUCUACAUCAGCGCGCCAGCGUUAGAGGUGUUGGUACAAGCUCGCCUCCCACACCUACCUCAACCAGAUCGCCACGCUACACGGGCGGCGAUGAGAUGCCAUCGGGUUCCAUGAGACGGCUUUCCAGGACCGUGGGCCAGGCUUCCAGUCGCGCUGCUUUGGAUGCACGCCCGGCCUCCUCUGCAGGUCGCAGCCCGAUGCCUUCCGAGUUUCGUCUGCCAGGCAAGGAAAUUCGCCGCGCCUACCGUGCCGCGCAUCAGCGAACCGCCAGCGACUCGGACGGGAGCGACGCAGAGAAACCCGUCACCUCGAAAACCGCCACUCCAGUCCUCGGCGACAAAGCAGAGCUUCGCAGCCCGCCUUCCACUCGGCGUGAGAGCCUUGACGAGAUCCAGGAGGAAGGCGCUCUGGACAAGCCAACGGGAGCGCGUUCGCCAAAACAUCGACGCGCGUUCAAUGCUUCCGAGUCAGCCGCAUCGGCAACCACUACCGAAGGGAACCCAGCGCGAAUGGACUACGAAGGUCGUCUCGGCACCCAAGGCAGCCGAAUCUCUGUCGACUCGUCGUCUGUGCAGAAGUACCUUGCAAGAGGCUCGCAGCACAGCACGCCGUCCAGCUCCGCACGCCGCAGCACACUACAGUCGUCUGAUGUUGGCUCGCCCAGCGAGGACGCACGAGCCCGCAAGAUUUCGACCACGUCUUCCAAUCGAUCUCAGAAAUCGUCCAGUAGUGCUUCCGAACUUCAUCGCGCUGCUUCGCGCGUCAGUAUGCGCAACAAGCACGGAUCCGACCUCUUCUCCACCGACACGGCUCCUUCCAGCUCCGCGAGCGCGGCGCCCUACAGCCCGUCCGUCCGAACCGAAACCUCUUACUCGUCCAACAACUCGUCGGAGCGUUCGCGAGCUUAUCUCGACCAGCCUCGUCGCGUGGACGAUGUGGGCUUGGAUAGCCUUCGGAGUCAGAUUCAGGAUCUGAGGGUUGGGCGCGCAGAGUCAGAGGCCGAUCGGCGUCGUGCUACGCCCAUGUCGCUGCGCACUCAGGCUUAUUUAGCCUCUAAACGCUCGUCGUUGGAUCUUAACUCGCCUCACCUCGGCUCGGUGCGUGCCCAGUCCGUCAUAGGUCUGCAAAGGACGACGAACGACCCUUUCCGCGCGCUACAGAUGCCUCAGUAUCCUUCCACAGAUCCUCAGCGAUCUCGGUUCGAUCGCAGCUUGCCCGUUGUGGAUCCAGACAACUCGUCAGACGCCGUUCGUCGAAUCCAAGACCUCGUCAGGCUUCGCGGCGGAGCCAACGCGCAGCCAGUGGCAUCUGCAAGAAGUGCCACAUCUCUGGGCAUGGCAACGGAUUCGUUUGCUGCCAGCGCCACCCCAGCCCAGCACGGAUGGGCCACAGUAAAUACUGAAGAGCCAGCGCCCAUCCGUAACCUCGCCGUCCGCCUGGCGCAGUAUGAAGCAUUGUACUCGAAAGCACCCUCUGCCGAUGCGAGCCCUGCUGGCUCCACGGCUGGCUCAACAGGACCCCAUACCGCACGCACCGUGGAACUCCUGAGCGCAAUUGUCCGGGGCACGUCGACCAUGUGGGCAGAGUUGGCAUCGAUGCAUCCCAUCGCCACCGAAGGACACCUCAUGGGCCGCCCGGGCGAUGCAUUCACCGAGGCAUUUGGCCAGCUCGACGAAGGUUUCGCCUUCGUCAACAAGCUGGUGCUGGAGCAAGCGCGAGCCAUGCAAGACUUGAUGUUCCUUCUCGAUCGCACAGAGAAGGAAAGGCAGGCGCAAUUCAACCAGGCUCUGGUGGACAUGGGUCGCUCGCCAAGACCUUUCUCCCGCAUCGGUACUCCGACCGCGGCUGCACAGUCAACCAAUGGCAUUGAAGCAGGGACAAGCGCGGAGCGCAACGCCCAUGCACUCCGCCGAGCAACGUCAACGGUCCGCAGUGGAUCCAGCUUGGCCAAGGAUUCGCCUUCCCCCUUCACUCGAACUGCGCGCGGUGCUGGCAGCAGCGCCGAAAGGAGCGGCACACUCACCGCCUCUCAGCUUCGAUCGAUGACCUCGUUGGGCUACACAAACAACCACGCUCGCUCGGCAUCGGAAUUCUCGCCUUCGUCCGCAGCUGCGCAGCGUCGGCUCGACCGGGCGUCCGUCAGCUCACCACGUGAAGCAUCCACCGACUCACCCUUGUCUUCUCGCCGCCGGGUGUUCCCCACCACCGAGACUGUCGGUGGAGAUAGUGGCGUUUCGAGUGGAGCCGACGUCGAGGUGAUCCGACCUCCGACAGGCUUGACACCCCGUCGACCGCGACUCAGCAACCCAUCCGUCUCGAACGCCACUGCGUCUCUGGGGCCGUUUACCGCCUCGGCCGCGCCCAGCGUCUUUGCAUCCAGCCCCGAGGGCAGCCUUCACAACGGCACCGGUGGCGAGCAAAUGGAUAGCGAGGGCAGCACUGUUGGCGAACACGGUCGAUUCAUCGGCGAGGUAGACGAGUUCGGUCGGGUUGCCGCACCCGCAGAGAUGACACGCGGCUCAUCGCGCAGUCAGCGCACGGUACGAGGACCGCGGGUGAUCGACACCCUCGCUUCGCAGCUCGACACCCUUCGAGGCGACGAAGUUCCCGUGGACUCCGCUGACCGAGCAAGCAGACGACACACGAUGGGCUUUCAUGGUGAGCCAACCGACCUCUUGCGCUCCCCACCCAAGCCAGCCAAGGCGACCCCACCCCCGCGCCCACCACGUCACAUCCAGCGCCCUUCGGAGGAGUACAUCUCGUCCCCUGAACGACGCCACUCCAGGCGGGAGCAGUCCACGCCGACCACCCCUCAGACGGGAGACGUCGUGACCCCCCGCCAGCCGAGUCGGGCCAGCACGAGCAUCGAGGAGGAAGCAGGCGGCGCCUCGGCCAUGGUCAGAAGUCUAGGUCGGACCGCCGCCCGCCGCGUCAGCCGCGUGCUCGGUUCCGGUCAGUGA